CAAAUACAAGAAACGCGAAAACGUGACUACGCAAAGCAAUGAACACGUAAAACGGACUCUAACGCUGUAAGAUAAGCCCUUACACGUUUACAUCACUACAAAGCCGUUCGUAUAGCAAAAUCCGAUUCGUCAUAAAAGUAUAAUAAUAGUGGGUCGUGGCGCGGCAACAACAGCCGGUGACCUACCAGCGCGCGCCGCCACGGCAGUCUUCGGUAGAGCUUUCUAAUGACCUCAGGCGUUCUCUGUUGCGCGCCAAACUCAAAACCUCCUGAAACUGUUAAAAAUAUAUUCAAUUUCCACUCGUAUAUCGCGAAGUGUUACAAGACAAGGACAGCCGCGCUGCCUGCGACGCAUGACGCGAAAAUGGACCCUAAUGCUGACGGAAUAGCGUAUUAUAAUUAGUUAGUUGCGCAUGUUGGCGCAAAGAAAAGCUAAGAUUUAAGCACCAGUAAAAUGUAAAAUAUGUCAAGUAAAAUGUAACUAUGAAAAAGGCUUUAUAUUUCGAAACAACGAAAAAUGAUUAUGAUGCUUUGCAAAUUAUUUCAUUAUUACUGGUUUUACCCUCCGUUUUGCGAGCUCAAAAUACCCUGGGGUGCCCUGACUUAAUAAGAAGCAAUAAAUGUUCGUGUUAUACGUUUGAGGAUGGGCUGUUUGUUGAUUGCCAAGAUUCCAUUAUAAAGGACGUAAAAAAUGCCAUUAAGAGUACGUCAAACAUAAACUCGUUGUCUGUUUACGAUCUCGAUGACAAUGAAGAGAAUUUGGGAACCCAUUUUAUACCUCAGGGCGUUUGCAUAAAACACAUACACAUGUCAAGAACAAGCAUACAGGAUAUAGCUGAUGACACUUUUAUGCCGCUCAGGAAGUGCCUUGAAUCUUUAAGCAUUGUGUCAAGCAAAAUCAAGUUUAUACCACAAAAAUCUUUAUCUGGCAUGCUCAAACUGAUGUCUAUCGAUUUAACUUCUAAUUACAUUGAAGAUAUACCCAGUUACAGCUUUUAUGGUCUUCCGUUAAUUAAAAUCAAUCUUAAAGGAAACUUAAUACGUGACGUAGCUGAAUCUGCUUUCUCAAGCUUAGAACUCACAUUGUCAGAAAUCGAUUUAAGCGAAAACAAUCUUACUAUGUUUCCAAUUGAAGCUCUUGCUAAAUUAAGACACCUUCGAUCCUUAAGGUUGGCUUGGAAUGAAAUUUCUUCUUUCCCUACCAUUGAGAAUUCAGACUUGAUAUCCUUAGAGUACCUAGAUUUAAACUCUAAUAAUUUUGAAUUUAUUUCAGAAGACUGCCUUAAAUUUUGUCCGUCCCUAACAAUGUUAUCUUUUCACUUUAAUUUCAUUAACAACAUACAUUAUCGAGCAUUUUAUUCUUUAGUCAACUUGAAAUCUGUAGAUUUAAGUCAUAAUAGGAUAAAAAUAUUGAACCCCAACCUCUUUCAGAACAAUAAAAAAAUAGCAUUUAUUGAUUUAAGUCAUAACCACUUACAUCAUAUUCACGGUUUAUUUUGUAAUCUACCAUCACUUAUAGAAGUAGUUCUAAGCCAUAAUAAUAUUUUGGAUGUGCCAAUUGACUCUUUUCUUAAUUCUAACAAAAUUAGUGUUAUACAUUUAAAUAGAAAUUGCAUAAGUAACAUACAUAGUGAGAGCUUUAGUAACUUAGAAAACUUAGCAGAGCUACAGUUAGAUUUUAAUUACUUAAAUCAAGUGCCAUAUAAUAUUUUUAUACACAAUAAAAAUAUAGUUAAAAUAAGACUAGACAAUAAUAACUUUUCUCAACUAAACAAUAACACAUUGGGAUCCCUUAGCAAUUUAAAUGAAAUUAGGCUUAAUAAUAAUAAACUCAAAAUAAUAUCAAAGUAUUUCUUUAAGAAUUGCUUAAAAGUAGAAGAAAUACAUUUGAGUCAUAAUGAAAUUAAUUUUAUUGAACCAGGAGCAUUCGUACGAAUGAAAAAGUUAAAAUAUCUUAGCUUAAAUCAUAAUAAUCUUAUCGACAUAAACGAUGUCUUGCCAAAAUUGGGCUCAAAUUUGCUUACCUUACAUUUAGAUUCAAACGUUUUAUCAUUUCUUAGUAACUUUAUAUUUCAAUCACAAGAAAAACUAAGCCAUUUAACUCUAAGAAAUAAUCGUUUGAAAUUUCUAACAAAGAAUACAUUUAGAAAUAUGAGUCGAAUAACACGUCUAGAAAUUAAUAAUAAUGAGUUGUCUAUUCUCGAUGACUUUUCAUUCCAACAUUUAAAUUCAACAAGGUACUUGAGUUUACAAUUCAACUUUUUGCGCAAUAUAACUAACUAUACUUUCUUUGGAUUAAGUGAAUUAGAAGACUUAGACCUAUCACACAACAAAAUAUUAUAUGUUUUCGACAUGGCUUUUGAUACUCUGAAAAAGCUAAGGAGUCUUAAUUUAUCUUUCAAUUCAUUAAAGUUUCUCCAAAAAAAUAUAUUCCAGCAAGGUUUACCUCUAAGCUCGUUAUACCUUGAUAAUUGUGAAAUCAAUUAUAUUUCAAACGACACAUUUCUUGGUUUGAAUAAUCUGAAAACCCUGUCAUUAAAAAAUAAUUCCUUAAAAUCAACAGAUUUGUUAGCUAUCAAUAUUCCAGGGCUUAAAUAUUUAUAUUUGUCUUUUAAUGUUCUCGACCUCCUACCAUUAGAAUCAUUUUAUCGUCUCCCUCUAUUAGAAGUUCUAUUCUUGGAACACUGUAAUAUAGAAAACAUUUUAGAAGGCACUUUUAAAUUUAAUAAAAAUCUUUUAAGACUGAACGUGGCACAGAAUAUAUUCAGCUCAGUACCUCCAACAUUAUUUGACAUACAAAACUCGAUUAUAGAAUUCAAUAUAAGUAACAAUUUCUUAGAUUAUGUACCAUACAAUACUUUUCAUAAUUUAACAUUAGUUGAAACUUUAGAUAUUGCUGACAAUCUUUUACCUAGAAUCGAAUUAAGUGGUUUAGAGAAAAUCACACAUAUAAAAAACUUAAUUUUAAGAAAGAACGAAAUAAAGUCGAUAACAGCUAAAAAAAAGGUUAUGUUUAUGGAUCUUAUUUCUUUUGAUAUUAGUUAUAACAGGCUAGACAGUUUACCAUUCACGGUUUUAGAGACAUUUCCAAAUAUACAAAAUCUAAAUAUUUCCCACAACGACAUAGUUUAUUUUGAUUUUUUAAUUACUUUCAAGAUAUUUGGAAAUACUUUGAUAAAUCUAGAUAUAAGUAAAAAUCCAGCCGUAUCGUGGACUUCCCUCAGAAGGCCAGAUAAUAAAACUAUGCUCGCUAAUAUAUAUGAGUUACACAUUAGUUCCACGAAUAUGUCGAAUAUUGACGAUAUAACAUUUGAAUUUUUCACAAGCUUACAACACUUAUACUUAACUUUCAAUAAAAUAAGACGGCUGGCGAUCAGUCCCUUUUCAAAGUUACCUUUUUUAGAGAAUUUAGAUUUAAGUUAUAACAAGAUUUCCCAACUUAAAACGAGCAACUUCCGAGGCCUCACUAAAUUGAGAACAUUAUGUUUAUCGAAUAACAACAUAGAGUCGAUGGAAUCUUUUGCUGAAGAUUUGAGCAAUUUAAAACUUUUAGACCUUUCUCACAACAAGUUACAAAAUAUUUUAAAUGAAGAUUUAAUAAAUUUAAAGGAACUAUCUGUGCUGUACUUAAGUUAUAACAAUAUAAAAUACGUUUCACUGACAGCUUUUAGAAAUUUAAAUAAAAUUCUACAGAUAGACUUAGGUUAUAAUAAACUUCAAAGUAUACCUCCAGAAUUACUUACAUCCAUAGAAAACCACGUUGAAGAUAUGUCAAUUAAAGGAAAUACCAUAAUAUGCAACUGCCAAAAAGAUAACACUUGGGUGUGGAUACAGGAUCAUCCGAAAAUCAUAAAAUCAAACACAGUUACAUGUCUCAAUAAUGAAUAUCCAAAAGACAAAUGUGAUAUUCCUAUCAUAUCACAAUUGUCCGUUGAUAAACAUAAAGACAAUUCCGUAUCAGUAUCGUGGUUCAUCAGAAACCGAACAGCAAUUAAGGCCCUCCAAGUAAUAUACUACGACGAGGACAUAAACUUUGAGAUAAAAUCUAAAUUCUUGGAAAAGAGUGAAGUUUCCACACGUUUAACUGGUUUGGAUCUCAAUACAAAUUACGUUGUGUGUAUAAUUACAUUAUACAGAGAGCCUUUGAUGAACAUGGAGAAUGAAUCGGAACAUUUAUUAAAUUUAACUUCCGCUACAGAUUUGGAUUUGAAUGUCACUGCAAGAAUCACGCAAGAUAUCGCAGCUGCAAUACUUACUCAGGCCCCUUCCAGUGAAUGUAUUUCCUUUAACACAUUUAGAAAGCAGACGACUCCAAAAGUAAAGACAGUUAAACCCUUUGAUAUAUCGUCUAUCCUUAAUCGACGCAUGGGCUUGAUUGUUGGAUGCUCCUUAGGUUUUGUAGUGUUUUUUAUAAUGGUGUCAGUUUUAUUGUAUACUAAAAUCAAAGAGAGAAAAAGAAUAGCCAAAUCUGAUCCCACUUGGUCAGAGAUGAACGAUUUCCAUUCUAUUCAUAGUAAAGAAGACAUAUUACAAAAUUCUACAACAGCUUCCACAGAUAAUAUUUUAUUAGGAAUGACCAAAAAUCGUAAACAUUCGUUAGACCACUUGAAGUAGACUUUUAAUAGAUUAAAUUCCAAUUUCCUAAAAGUGAUACGUAGAUGUAAACUUUAGAAUGGUUUAUUGUAAAGUAUUUCUGGUAUUCUAAAUAAUCGUCGAAUAAUAUCAUAAAAUUAGUUGCUUCAAGUACAACUGUUUGCUUGUGAGUAAGUAGCAAAUUAGCUUAGAAUGUAGAUGGCGUUUAUAAUAGUUAGGCGUAAACAAUGUUAAUUUAGUCAUAAAAUAAAUAUUCUUUACUUAAUAAAAUUGUUACAGGAGUACUUGUGUUUUUGUUAUUUAAAUGUAUUUUUUAUGUGAAAUGAUAACUAAAGAAAAAAAUACAAAAAAUAAACAAUUUGGUACUGGUAUCAGGCUUAAAAUAAACCAGCGCCCUAUCGCUCCACACGAAUGCAAUUGACCAUUUUGCGGACACCGUAUAUUAUUUCUAGAAUUUCUAAGGCUACAAGGAUACACUGAUUCUUUAGGUUAGUCAAACUAUUUAUAAAAGCAAACUAACUUUUUACUUAUGAGUUGUAUUUUUUUUUCUAAGUAAACAUUUUAUUUAGAUAUUAAAAUCGAACAAUUAAAU